AUGGAGUUUGGACCUACAGGUCACUGGUCAGCGGAUGUCACUGCCUGGGGCUCCUAUAUUGAGGAGAGUUCUACUGAGAAGGUGCCUCUUUAUGUGGCCACAUGCGAGCUUUGCUUUUCAGAUCCUCAAUGCAUUGGUGCUUUUGCAUUCGUAUGGGGCUGGAAGUGGGAGAAGACUGGGACCUGGUAUGGCCUUUUCAAUGAGUGGCCGGCAGUCUCAGAAAACAUCAGCAGCUCCACUUGCCCUGUCUGCGAGUCAGAGGUGCUCAGUGCCUUACAAAAGUGCUGGACAGGGCAGGAGAAGGCCACAAAGGCACCAAGCAUACACGGAAUUUGGUUGGAUGGCGAGCGGCUUCCCCGGAACACUUUUGUCAUCGACCAAACUGAAGUGACGCUGGCCGUGAAUGCAAGCCAGCUGUCAGGGAAUGACCUGACAGCGCUGUGGGUGGUCACAGAAGAAAUUGUGUCAGACGCAGUGGGCGGUGCGUUUGAAGCGACGAACCCUUUGCUUGACAAUUUGCAGCCUGGAGCUCAAUGUCCCAACCACGAAGCAUAUGCCUCCUUGGCCUUUCGCAUUGGUCACAAUGCGUUGCCGGGGGAGCAGUGCUACAGUCUGGUGAGCUAUGCGAUGGAAAAGGACCUCGAAGCGAAUCCGGGAAGGUAUCCAGGUGCCAGUUCGACCUCAACCUUUUCCGAGGUUCAGAUGUCUUUGGCACAGACACAGCAAGGGAGGUGUCAGUUUCCAUGUGAUCUUCCCAUUUGGUGUCACACCACCCAACCUGGAGAGGCAUGCUAUGACUUUAUACAAUGGGUGUUGCAGAACAACAACACGCAAGAUGCACCGGAGGCGCUUCAUGAGAAGAAAAGCAUCAAAGGUGUGCAGCUGGCAGUGCACGAGUCCAUGCCAGGGCCAGGGCACCUGUGA